AUGGCAGCCAUAUUCCAAGCUCUAGAGGCCAAACCACUCCUAAUCCUCUUCACAAUCCCUAUCCUAUUCUUCUUAGCCCUAUCAAGAUUCCACCGCAAACCCUAUCCGCCCGGGCCCAAGGGCUGGCCCGUGAUCGGCAACAUUACCAUGAUGGACCAACUCACCCACCGAGGCCUCGCCAAGCUCGCCAAGCAAUACGGCGGCAUCCUCCACCUCCGCAUGGGCUUCCUCCACGUGGUCGCCAUACAAAGCCCGGACGCGGCCCGCCAAGUCCUCCAGGCCCACGACAACAUCUUCUCCAACCGGCCCGCCAACAUCGCCAUAAGCUACCUAACCUACAACCGGGCCGACAUGGCCUUCGCCCACUACGGCCCCUUCUGGCGCCAGAUGCGCAAGCUCUGCGUCAUGAAGCUCUUCAGCCGCAAGCGGGCCGAGUCAUGGGAUUCGGUCCGGGACGAGGUGGACCGCAUGGUACGGGCCGUGGGGGGCAGCGCCGGCAGGCCCGUUAACAUAGGCGAGCUCGUUUUCGGGCUUACUAGGAAUAUUAUAUACCGGGCCGCGUUCGGGUCGAGCUCGGGUGACGGGCAGGACGAUUUCAUCGCGAUCCUUCAGGAAUUCUCGAAGCUUUUCGGGGCUUUCAAUGUAGCGGAUUUCGUGCCGUGGGUGGACCGCAUGGACCUGCAAGGGCUGAACAAGAGGCUGGUGAGGGCCCGGGACUCGCUGGACCGGUUUAUAGACACGAUCAUUGAUGUUCAUAUUGAGAGGAGGAAGAAUGGACUGGGCCGGGCCGGGCCCACCGGUGAUUCUGACAUGGUGGACGAGCUGUUGGCGUUUUAUGGAGGUGAUGACGUGGCAAAUGUUUCAGAAGGUGCGGAUUUGCAAAGCUCGAUCAAGCUCACGAGGGAUAACAUCAAAGCUAUUAUUAUGGACGUAAUGUUUGGUGGCACCGAAACGGAUCGUGGAUGCCAUUAG